AGUGUCAAAUAUAAGUUAUAUUAGAAUCGUUUUUGAAUUAUAACACAUCAAAUUCUUAUAAUUAUUUUGUGUUUUGUGUCGAUCCGGUAAUCACGAAACAUGAAAAUUCUUCCUACAAGUAAUUGUUUCAAAGAUCCAAGUCAACUUAUCAAGUUUGUUAUACUAUUCAUUUGCGCCAUUUUCACUUUUAGUCAGGUUACACAAUGUGUUAAAAAAUUCAUUCAUCCUCCUACAGCGACGUAUUCUAAAUUCAUUUUGAAUGACAGUAUUAGAUAUCCAUGUGUAACUGUAUGUCGACGUCCAUCAUUUAAAACCGAAGUUUUCGAAACUUUUGGUAUUUACAGUCAAUCAUUGACAUCAAGUUUUGCAUUCAGAUAUUUCAAUUUUUCAAAACAUUCCUUAACAGAAUUCAUUGAAAAUGCUACUUAUAAAUAUGAUGAGAUGUUCUACCAAUAUGCUUAUGCUUCAAAAGGUGGUUCAGAUACAUCUAAUGAACUAAUAAAAUUAACAAGUCUCUAUCAUAUCGAUAGAGGAAGAUGCUUCACAUUUCAACCACUUAAAAUGUCCAAUAUAUUUUCUGUUAGCGGAGGGUUUAUGUUUUACCUUAAACAUAAUGUGACAUCGCAGUCUAUAAAUCAAGAUGGAAUUUCUACUCAUGGUUAUCAAUUUUAUUUACACAAUCCUAAUGAACAUCUUACUUAUGCCGAUGAAGAACGAAAUAACUUUUUGGAAUACAUUGAUUUAGAAGCAUCUGAAGACAUGAGAAUAAAGUUUGAUAUAAAACAAUUUGGUAGAACAUCUACUAAUGAAAAUCAUUGCAUAGAGGACGGCAAAUACAGUAGGUCCAAGUGUGAAGAGCUUUGUAUAAAUAGGGAAAUAGCCCAAAUUACGAAUUGUACAGUUCCGUGGAUGGUACUGCCGGAAAAUGAAACUUUUGAAGAAUGCAAUACUUAUUCUUCCGUGAAAACAUCUAUAAGAUUGUAUACAAAUGACGUCGUCAGAAAUCAUUUUCUCGAAAAUUGCAACUGUCCAUUGUCUUGUAAUUUCACAAUCUACAAAACUUCUAUAAUCAGUCGGCGAUCCAUCGAAUCCGCGUUGAAACCUGAUUGUAUGAUUCGCUUGUAUUGCACUAACUUGAUACUCACAAUGUCCGAAAUAUUAGGUUAUGAUUCCAAUCAGCUUUUAUCUGACAUUGGUGGAUCUUUAGGUUUCCUAUUAGGAUUAUCGGUUAUUAGUUUAAUAUGCUUGUUAGAAGAAAUAUCUAGAUUAAUAUUUAGAUUGUUUUUCAAGCAAAAGGCUAAAAAUGAACGAAACAAAAACGAAGAGAUUAAUCAGGAUAACCAAACCAAUAACCAACAGUCCAAUGAAAUUAAUAAAACUAACGAAACUGAAUUCGAGCAUGGUAACAAUCUGGAAGGGAAUACGAACUUGGUACACGAUUAUACUAAUAUCAAAGAGAUUAUAACGAAUUAUCAGAAUGUUUAUUCAAAAAAUUAUACAGAUAAUAAAACUAAUACAAAUACUGAAAAAUGAUAUAGUGACC